GGGCCCUUUAUAAAGCCAACUCUGUCCUCUCUCCACGUUCAAGUUAAACACGCUCAAUCCGCUCCAGCAGCUCCUGCUCACCUGCCAAGGAAGUCUAAAAAGUCUUUUUUAGAGAGGAAGGACCUAUCAAAGAAAGAAGAGAAGAGGGAGGAUCAGGAUCGUCUCAUUCAUUUCACUCCCGACACCGGCGGCCUCUUCACAAGUAGGUCAGAGAAAUCUCUGCUCUCCAAACUUCUCCGAGUUUGAACUCUGCUCUACGUGCGCUUGCCAUCCACCCGACAAAGUUUUCUGCGCAUCACUCCAACACUCCGAAAGUAUAAAAGCUGACACGGAACAAGCCAACAUGAUGGCCAAUAACUACGACGACCAGCUGCCUCCACAAUACUACCAGGCCACCGACUUCGGGGACGAGGAGGAGGACGAGAUGCCGGCCACGGAGAAAGACCUGGCCGAGGAUGCUCCCUGGAAGAAGAUCCAGCAGAACACCUUCACCAGGUGGUGCAACGAGCACCUCAAGUGUGUCAACAAGACCAUAACCGACCUGCAGAAGGAUUUUAGUGACGGGCUGAAGCUCAUUUCCCUCCUGGAAGUACUGAGCCAGAAGAAGAUGUACAGAAAGCACCACACGAGGCCAAACUUCCGACAGAUGAAGCUGGAAAAUGUGUCUGUGGCGUUGGAGUUCCUGGACAGAGAGCACAUCAAACUGGUCUCAAUAGACAGUAAAGCCAUCGUGGACGGCAAUCUAAAGCUGAUUCUGGGUCUUAUCUGGACUCUCAUUCUACAUUACUCCAUCUCCAUGCCCAUGUGGGAUGAUGAGGACGACGAGGAGACCAAAAAACUGACCCCCAAGCAACGCCUGCUGGGCUGGAUCCAGAACAAAGUGCCCCAGCUGCCCAUCAACAACUUUAACCGUGACUGGCGGGACGGCAAAGCGCUGGGAGCCCUGGUUGACAACUGUGCUCCUGGUUUGUGCCCUGAUUGGGCCGACUGGGACCCGAACCAGCCUGUGCAGAAUGCCAAAGAAGCCAUGCAGCAGGCUGACGACUGGCUGGGGGUGCCUCAGGUGAUCGCUCCAGAGGAAAUUGUGGACCCAGAUGUGGAUGAGCACUCUGUGAUGACAUACUUAUCUCAGUUCCCCAAGGCAAAGCUGAAGCCUGGGGCUCCCCUUAGACCUAAACAGCUGUUUCCAGAUAAAGUCAAAGCCUAUGGGCCAGGCAUCGAGCCUCAUGGCAACAAAGUUCUGCACCCAGCUGUGUUCACGGUGGAAACUCUGGAGGCUGGCAGUGGUGAAGUCCUGGUGUUUGUAGAAGAUCCUGAAGGACACAAAGAGGAGGCUAAAGUUAAACCCAACAAGGACAAAAAAGGAACCUACACCGUCACAUACACCCCCAAAGUUGAAGGUAUUCAUAAGGUGAAGGUGUUGUUUGCGGGUCAGGACACCGAUAAGAGCCCCUACACUGUGAAUGUGGCGAAAGACAUGGGUGACCCCAGCAAAGUCCAUGCUAGGGGACCGGGUCUGGAGGCGACGGGCAAUGUGGCCAACAAACCCACCUACUUUGACAUCUACACAGCAGGUGCUGGCAACGGAGACAUCAGCGUGGUCAUUGUUGACCCUCAAGGGAAAAAGGACACGGUGGAGCUCAUUCUAGAAAAUCGGGGUGACAGUGUUUUCCGCUGCACCUACCACCCCGUCCUGGAGGGGCCUCACACCAUCCACAUAUUAUUUGCGGGCCAGGAGAUCCCCAGGAGUCCCUUUCACGUCAACAUUGCGGAGGCACCGAGCGUUGCUCCUCCUGUGGGAGCUCCACUGCAGAUAGUUCCUCAGUCAGUGCGCACCCCGCCCGGAGCAAAGGGUGCAGCGGGGGUUCCCCCCAAAAAAGCGGGCCGUCCAACAAUAAACCCCAACGCUUGCAGAGCUGCUGGCAGAGGGCUGCAGCCUAAAGGUGUGAGAGUGAGGGAGGUUGCAGACUUCAAAGUUUUUACUAAAGGAGCUGGCAGCGGUACGCUGAACGUCUCAGUCAAAGGACCAACUGGAGCGGAGGAGCAGGUGAAAGUGCGAGAUGCUGGUAAUGGAGUCUAUGAGUGUGAAUAUUACCCACUCAAAACUGGUAAAUACACCGUCAGCAUAACCUGGGGAGGCCAGCCUAUCCCACGCAGCCCCUUUGAGGUAGAGGUGAGCGGAGAGGCAGGCUUUCAGAAGGUUAGGGCCUGGGGUCCGGGUCUGAAGACUGGAAUGGUGGGAAAAUCUGCUGAUUUUGUGGUGGAGGCCAUUGGCACUGAAGUUGGAACUUUAGGCUUCUCUAUCGAAGGCCCAUCACAGGCGAAAAUCGAGUGUGACGAUAAAGGUGACGGCUCCUGUGACGUCCGUUACUGGCCAACAGAGCCCGGCGAUUACGCCGUGCACGUCAUCUGUGAUGAUGAAGACAUCAAGGAUAGUCCCUUCAUGGCUCACAUCCUCCCUGCAGUCAAUGAUGUUUUCCCUGAAAAAGUCAAAGCAUACGGUCCAGGUCUGCAGCCAACUGGGGUCAUUGUAAACAAACCAACGGAGUUUACUAUUGAUGCCCGCAUGGCUGGGAAGGGUCACCUCAGAAUCUACGCGCAGGAUGUAGAAGGUUGCACCAUCGACAUCAAGAUCACUGACAGGGGCGACGGCACAUUUGUGUGCGUGUAUACUCCUGUCAAACCCAUUAAGCACACCAUCAUCAUCACCUGGGGUGAGGUCAACGUCCCCAACAGCCCCUUCAGGGUUCUGGUUGGAGAGGGCUCUCAUCCUGACAAAGUAAAGGUCUUUGGGCCUGGAGUGGAGAAGACGGGGCUUAAAGCUAAUGAGCCAACAUACUUCACUGUGGACUGCAGCGAGGCUGGCCAAGGGGACAUCAGCAUUGGAAUCAAGUGUGCCCCUGGGGUGGUGGGUCCCGCUGAGGCGGAUAUCGACUUUGACAUCAUCAAGAAUGACAAUGACACCUUCACUGUCAAAUACACUCCGCCCGCUCCAGGCCGGUUCACUAUCAUGGUUUUGUUUGCUGACCAGGAAAUUCCAAUCAGUCCAUUUAAAGUCAAGGUGGAUCCUUCUCAUGAUGCUGGGAAAGUGAGAGCAGAGGGUCCAGGACUCAACAAAACAGGUGUGGAGGUGGGCACUCCAACACACUUCACAAUCUACACAAAGGGAGCAGGAAAAGCCAAACCUGAGGUGCAUUUUGCUGCAUCUGGUCCCGGAGAGGCAGUUCGUGACUUUGAGAUCAUCGAUAAUCACGAUUAUUCCUACACUGUCAAGUACACAGCUCUUCAGCAGGGCAACAUGGCAAUUUCCAUCUCUCAUGGAGGAGACACCAUUCCCAAAAGCCCCUUCCAUAUUACAGUGGCACCAGCUAUGGAUCUGGCAAAAGUUAAAGUGGAGGGGUUGGACACCAAGGUGGAGGUUGGGAAGGACCAGGAGUUCACGGUGAACACGAAGGGUGCUGGUGGGCUUGGUAACGUGGGUGUGAAAAUGACCUCUCCCUCUGGUCGACCAAUUCCUUGCAAGCUGGAGUCAGACAAAGCGAAAGGUGCACACAGCGUGAAGUACAUCCCACCAGAGGAGGGACAGUACAAAGUUGACGUGAGCUAUGACGGGAACCCUGUCAUUGGAAGUCCUUUUGGGGUUGAAGCAGUGAUGCCAGCCGAUCCUUCAAAAGUGAGAGCUUUCGGUCCAGGCCUGAAGGGUGGAAUUGUGGGUAAACCGGCUCCAUUUACCAUUGAUACAAAAGGAGCCGGCGCUGGAGGACUGGGCUUGACAGUGGAGGGUCCCUGUGAGGCAAAAAUUGAAUGCCAAGACAAUGGUGACGGCACAUGCUCAGUGUCCUACCUUCCCACCGACCCCGGGGAAUACGCCAUCAACAUCCUGUUUGCAGAGCAGCACAUCUCUGGCUCUCCUUUCAAAGCUGCCAUUCGCCCAGCCCUCGAUCCCAGCAAAGUGGUUGCCAGUGGGCCAGGUCUGGAGAGGGCCAAGGCAGGAGAACCAGCAACCUUUACUGUGGACUGCAGCCGGGCCGGCGAUGCUGAGCUCACCAUUGAGAUCGUGUCAGAGACUGGGGUCAAGGCUGAAGUGCACAUCCAGAAAACGGCUGAGGGGAAUUUUUCUGUUACGUACAUCCCAUCCUUCCAGGGCACGCACACCAUCACCAUUAAAUACGGCGGCCACACAAUCCCCCACUUCCCCCGGGUGCUGCAGGUGGAGCCGUCCGUGGACACCAGUGGGGUCCACGUUUACGGGCCUGGAGUGGAGCCCCGAGGGGUCCUCAGAGAAGUCACGACCCACUUCAUUGUGGAUGCCCGCGCACUCAUCAAAGUUGGAGGGGGUCGUGUUAAAGUUCACAUUAUCAACCCCUCUGGCUCCAAUACGGAUGCUUACAUUACAGACAAAGGAGACGGCACUUACAGAGUGGAGUACACAGCCUUCGAGGAUGGAAUUCAUCUGAUUGAAGUGCUGUACGAUGAUGCGCCUGUUCCUAAGAGCCCCUUCAGAGUGUCUGUGGUUGAAGGAUGUGAUCCGACUCGGGUCCGCGCCUUUGGGCCGGGUCUGGAGGGAGGAAUAACUAACAAGCCUAACCGUUUCACUGUGGAAACCAGGGGUGCUGGUACUGGAGGUUUGGGUCUGACUAUUGAGGGAGCUUCAGAGGCGAAAAUUUCAUGCAAGGACAACAAAGACGGCAGCUGCAGUGUGGAAUAUGUGCCUUUUACUCCUGGAGAUUAUGAUGUAAAUAUCAACUAUGGAGGUCAACCGAUCCCUGGCAGCCCAUUCCGUGUUCCUGUGAAGGAUCCGGUGGAUCCCACCAAGGUCAAAUGCUCCGGACCAGGUCUGGGCUCAGGAGUUAGGGCCCACGUUCCUCAGAACUUUACAGUGGACUGUACUCAAGCGGGACAGGCUCCACUGGAUGUAAAACUCUACGGUCCAACAGGUACUGUGGAGCCUGUUGGUGUGAAGAACAAUGGGGACGGCACCCACACAGUUCACUACACCCCAGCACAGGACGGUCCCUACACUGUAUCUGUCAAAUAUGCAGAUCAGGAAGUCCCACACAGUCCAUUCAAGGUGAUGUCUCAGCCUGGCCAUGAUGCCAGUAAGGUGCGAGCCAGUGGUCCUGGCCUGGAUACUAAAGGUGUAUCCGCGAGUCUGCCAGUUGAGUUCACGAUCGAUGCUCGCGAUGCCGGAGAGGGACUGCUCACUGUACAGAUUUUGGAUCCAGAAGGCAAGCCAAAAAACGCAACCAUCCAAGACAACAGGGAUGGGACGUACACAGUGUCCUAUGUCCCUGACUCUACGGGCCCCUACACCAUCACCAUUAAAUAUGGAGGAGAUGAGAUUCCCUACUCCCCGUACCGCAUCCAGUCUCUGCCCACAGGAGACGCCAGCAAAUGUCUUCUCACAGUUUCAGUUGGAGGACAUGGCAUGUCAAGUCUGCAGAAGCUGCAAACCUCGGAGGACACAGUCAUCACAGUGGAUGCCAAGGCUGCAGGGAAAGGCAAGGUGACCUGCAAGGUGCAGACCCCACAGGGGAUGGAGCUGGACAUGGAUGUGGUGGAGAAUCACGAUGGCACCUUUGAUAUUUACUACACUGCCCCUGAACCAGGGAAAUAUGUAAUUACGAUACGCUUUGGAGGGCAGAACAUCCCAAAGAGCCCCUUCCACGUGAUGGCCACAAAUGAGCCAGUGGUUCCUCGUGAUACAGUGGACCCGCUCUUCCGCCCUGUUAAUUUCCUGGUCCCUUUCAUGCCACAGCAGGGAGAAAUCACAGGUGAGGUGAGGAUGCCGUCAGGGAAAACCGCUCGGCCGCACAUCACUGACAAUAAGGACGGCACCAUUACGAUCAAGUACCAGCCGACGGAGAGAGGCCUCCAUGAGAUGGACAUCAAAUAUGAUGGAAACCACAUUCCAGGAAGCCCUCUCCAGUUCUUUGUGGAUGCAGUGAACAGUGGUCUGGUCACCGCCUACGGUCCAGGUCUUAGCUACGGCAUGGUCAACAAGGCCGCCACUUUCACAGUGGUCACCAAGAAUGCUGGGGAAGGUGGACUGUCACUAGCAGUGGAGGGUCCCUCCAAAGCUGAGAUCACAUGCAAGGACAACAAAGAUGGCACCUGCACUGUGUCCUACCUCCCCACUGCACCAGGAGACUACAACAUCAUUGUUAAAUUUGACAAUAAACACAUCCCUGGAAGUCCAUUUACCGCCAAGAUCACUGGAGAUGACGCCAUAACGAGAACCUCCCAGCUGAACGUGGGAACAGCAGCGGACGUGUCCUUAAAGAUCACAGAAACUGAUCUGAGCUGCCUGACUGCCAGUAUCAGAGCACCAUCGGGCAACGAGGAGCCCUGCCUGCUGAAGAGGCUGCCCAACAGACACCUAGGAAUCUCUUUUACUCCCAAAGAAGUGGGUGAGCAUGAAGUGAGCGUCAGAAAGGAUGGCAUCCACGUGGCCAACAGUCCUUUCAAAAUAAUGGUCGGUCAGUCGGAGAUCGGUGAGGCCAGCAGAGUGAAAGCUUUCGGAAAAGGCCUGAUUGAGGCACACACUUUUGAAAUGGCGGAGUUUUUCGUGGACACAAGGAAUGCAGGUUACGGAGGUCUUGCUCUGUCGAUUGAGGGUCCGAGCAAAGUGGACAUUAACUGUGAGGAUAUGGAGGACGGGACCUGCAGGGUGACUUACUGCCCGACAGAACCUGGAAGUUACAUCGUUAACAUCAAGUUUGCAGAGAAGCACAUCCCAGGGAGCCCAUUUACAGUCAAGGUGACCGGAGAAGGAAGGAUCAAGGAAAGCAUUACCAGAAAGAGACAGGCCUCCUCUCUUGCCUCAGUGGGUAGCACAUGCGGACUUAACCUCAAGAUCCCAGGAAACUGGUUUCAGAUGGUUUCAGCUCAGGAGAGGCUGACCCGGACGUUCACUCGCAGCAGCCACACGUACACCCGCACCGAGCGCACGGAGAUCAGCAAAACCCGCGGCGGAGAGACCAAGAGGGAGGUGCGUGUGGAGGAGAGCACCCAGGUGGGAGGAGGAGGAGGAAGUCCUUUCAGAGAUGUGUUCGGAGACUUCUUGGGACGAGAAAGUCUGAGCAGCUUUGCCGGCCUCACUGCUAGACCUGAAGUUGAGAGCGGCUCUCAGGCCAUGACCGCUCAGGUGACCAGUCCAAGCGGGAAAACGGUGGACGCUGACAUUGUGGAUGGAGGCAGCAGCACAUACAGCGUGCGCUUCAUCCCUCAGGAAAUUGGGCCCCACACUGUCAAUGUUAAAUACAGAGGGCAGCACGUUCCUGGAAGCCCCUUCCAGUUCACAGUGGGACCCAUGGGAGAAGGUGGAGCGCACAAGGUCCGUGCAGGAGGUCCCGGGCUGGAGAGAGGCGUGGCUGGAGCUCCUUCGGAGUUCAGCAUCUGGACCAGAGAGGCAGGCGCUGGCGGUCUGUCUAUUGCGGUAGAAGGGCCCAGCAAGGCCGAGAUCACAUUUGAAGACAGGAAAGACGGUUCCUGUGGAGUCUCCUACAUCGUGAAAGAACCAGGGGACUAUGAGGUGUCAAUCAAAUUCAACAAUGAGCACAUCCCUGACAGCCCCUUCAUCGUUCCAAUUGCCACGCUGUCAGAUGAGGCCCGCAGGCUCACCGUGACGAGUCUACAGGAAAAGGACUUAAAGGUUAACCAGGAAGCAUCCUUCAUGGUGCAGCGCAACGGUGCCCGGGGCGUGGUCGACGCCAAAGUCCACACUCCGUCUGGCUCCACUGAGGAAUGCUACGUCUCGGAGCUUGACAGUGACAAGAGUGCAAUCCGCUUUAUUCCACGUGAGAACGGAGUCCACUCCAUCGAUGUCAAGUUCAACGGAUGCCACAUUCCCGGGAGCCCCUUCAAUGUGCGAGUUGGAGACCCCGGGUUGAUCGGAGACCCCGGCAUGGUGACUGCACAUGGGCCUGGGUUGCAGGGAGGGACAACGGGUAUCCCCUCAGAGUUUGUGGUUAAGACCUGUAACGCGGGCUCUGGCACUCUGUCGGUCAACAUCGACGGGCCGUCCAAGGUGAAGAUGGACUGCCGCGAAUGCCCCGAGGGCUACAGGAUCAACUACACGCCCAUGGCACCUGGCAACUAUCUCAUCACAAUCAAAUACGGCGGGCCGCAGCACAUAGUGGGCAGCCCUUUCAAAGCCAAAGUCACAGGCGUUAGGCUGUCAGGGGGACACAGCCUCCAUGAGACCUCCUCUGUGCUGGUUGAAACUGUUACCAAGACCUCUAAAGUCGGUGGUGCCUAUAGCGCCUCCUCCUCUUCUUCCACCACCUCAACCAAGCUGACAUCUGACGCCAGCAAAGUGGUUUGCCGCGGACAGGGGCUGUCCAAAGCCGUGAUUGGGCAGAAAAAUAACUUUAGUGUGGACUGCAGCAAAGCAGGUACCAACAUGCUGAUGGUGGGUGUGCAUGGACCUCAUGCCCCAUGCGAGGAGGUUUAUGUCAAGCACAUGGGUAAUAAGCUUUACAAUGUCACGUACAGCGUCAAGGACAAGGGGAGUUACACCGUCAUCGUCAAAUGGGGGGAUGAUAGCGUCCCUGGAAGCCCGUACAAAGUCUCUGCCCCUUGAGAGAAGAUAAAAAAAUAAAAAAAAACUGCUCAAACGCCAUUGUCCCAUCUCCUCUACUGACCCACAACAACCUUUUUCCUCAUCAUCAUCAUCAUCAGCCAAGCUCUGCCAUUACACUGCCUACUAUAUACUUUACAGGAACUCAACCCCGCGAGGAUGUUUACCUUCAGCUGAACGCGCUUUGUGCCAAACCCUGGUAUCAACUCAAGAAAAGAUGUUGCACAGUCACAAAAAUAAAUCCAGAUCGACAGGAUAUUUUGAAGCGAUGCGUUGGUUAAAUGACGGCAUGUCCCCAGUUCUUAUGUUGUCGAACAGUUGAGGAACGAUUCAAAGUGUUUAAGUUGGAUGUUAUUUUGUAUGGUUUAAGAAUGAUUUUUUUGUUAUAUUAACCUUUUUUUGGUAAGUCUUUGCAGACCUAAUAAAGGAACUCAUUGCUAACUUUCCAAUUGAA